CUUUUUUCUCAGUUUUUUGGGAUUAUCUCUCUCUUUUUCCUAUUUACCUCAUUAACUAACAAUAUUAAUAAAUAAUCGUUGUCUUGUACUUGAGAAUCUAAACGUCGUUCCUUAGCCUUUUAGUGAAAGGGGCAUUCCUUCCUCAAUAUCUCUCUUUUGUUCGCCUUGUGCGAUAUAACUCUACUCUUCCUCAACUAGAAGCCGAAUUCCACUGGUUGCAGAAUUUUCGUUUUGGAUUUGAAGCCAUAAAUCAGCGAUGGUUACCACUGGCAAACCCCUGUCAUCUCGGUCACCAAGCCAAGGACAACAGGAUGUCUGGUCCCGAGAAAAUUAGCGAAAAAGUCAUGACUUUACAGGUUGCGAACUAUUGUCUAUUGCCAUCUUUCUGGCAGAUGCAUCACAGCCCAUCCUUGAAAAUAUUCUUUGAUCUUAAUCCCAACAAGCAAAUACAUGAAACAGUCUAUGUGUGGAUCACUGAUUUAACAAAUUAUGUCAGAUUCGUAAUAUAAUUAGGCGGACCCAUUUAAAUACCAUGAUACAAUGGGCUCUAUCAUUCUUGCUGACAAUGUCUAUGAUGGAAGCUUGUGGUCCACACAUGUAGUUGCUUUUAAUUAUUUAUUUUAUACUUGUGCUUAAAAUAAUUUCUAAGUGCAUAGACAAGCAUUUUUCACCACUUAGAUGGCACAACAAUUAGUAGUAAAAGCUUUUCCUUGAAGGAAAACUUUUGCUUGAUGCCAAAUCUGAAAGUUCGUGAUACUUAAGAUGAGCAUUAAGAUGUUUUUGUCAUCUUAGCGAUUAAUUCAUAGUACGCAGAAGGUGCUUUAGGUUUGAAGUUAGAUGAAAAGAUAGUUUUCAAUCAGCAAGUAUUUUUAUACUAUAACAAAGAUUAGAUAUAUCAGUUGUGUAUUCCAGAAUAAGGUAUGUAGCUUAAAUUAUGUCAAUCAAAUGGUUGGAGGCCUAAUAUUUUUGUUAUAUUUAUUGAGAAUUAUAUUCAGGUGUCUUCUUAUGCCAGAAAUGAUUUUGUGCAUUGAAAUGUAGAUCAACAUAUUUAAAUUAUCAUUUUCUGCACUAUAUUUUUUCUAUAAUCAGAAGCUAAUCAUAUUCUGCUGAUUCUUUAUAAAUAGGAAAGGGAAAGGAUUGGAACAACUGAUGAGAGCUUUACAGUGUUUUUGAUUUUUCAGGUACACCGUCUCAACCAUAACUUUGGCACCCCCCUAACAGCUACACAAUUGUCAAAGCAUGGCACCCCCUAAUACUAAUUGUCAGAAAAGCUUAUAAACAUCAUGUAGCCCAAACAAACCAAAAUAAUAUACAUGCAACUUUCACAAUUUCUGUUUACAACAAUAUUAAUUUUAUUGGGCAAAUGGUGAAUUGUUAUGCUGCUAUUAUAUUAGCUGCAAAUGCAUUAUCUCCAAUUGGUGACCCGUAUAAAAUAAUUUAGAGAUCAUACCAUCUUACAAAUCCAUCUAAAGUACUAAGAUAUCAUCUAUAGUUGCACAUAAUGCUUCUUUAGUUGAUCAUGGCAAGUACUUUGGUGUUACUGACCUAUUAUUAACUUUGCUCCUGCAGAUUGUCACUAUUUAUUUUAAUUGCUAGAUGUAUUUUCUCUUGGAAAGUUAGCAAGUUAAAUUUAUUUUUGCGUCUAAAGUCCUGCCCUUCUCUAGAUCAUUGAUUCAUUAUUAUAUUGUCAUCCUUAUGUACUCUAAAGAAAAGUAUGGUCUAAACGAAGAAAUUUUGUGAACAAAAAAUAUAUUAUAGCGUGGGAGUACAAAAAAUAUUAGGAGAGUUUGGGAUAUAAUACUAUACCUAAUGUUGAAGAUGGAGGAAAAAUAGAUUCUAUGUUGCUUGCCUGGCCUUUUUCAAUGCUUCUUGCAGCGGAAAUUGGACAAGGCAAAUAUUCAACAUGCAACUCUCUCAAAACAAAUGAUUAUUUGAAAAAGUAAUACUAGAUGUCAAUAUGUAUUUGAAAUAUUUUAUAGCUUUUCUGGCAAAGAGGAGGCAAAAAAGUCAGUCUUUUUAGUUGACUCUAACAUACUGACAUAGAAGAAACUUAAGACAUAUUACUGGAAAUCCACCAAAGGUUAGGUUUGAGAGCCAUGAAUCAAGUAGUUCAGUUCGAUUGUACUCGCAUUUAUUCCGUCAUCCAGGACAGAUGGAAGCUAUUUAUGGAUAUGUUCAAAUUGGUCGAGCAAUCCCUCUUUUCUUUUUCGUGCCUCUAGACAUGGACGAUCUAAAAAUAAAAAAAGCAGAGUAAAGAACAAAUUAAAAAUUUAGGGAGUAGUAUUUUCAACAAGUCUUUUAGACUUAUAUAGAUGUUGUACUUUCAGGAAUUAAUUUUGACAAUACGUCCUACCAAAAAUUUUAGCAAUUAAAGUCAAAAUAAAAAAUAAAAAUAGAGCACAACGUUAUUGUGAUAUAAAAUCCUCCUCCUGUAGGCUCCUCAUAUAUUAAUGCUACCUUGUGAAUAAGGAAGCAGAAAACUCAAGCAAAUCAAGAUUAUGCUUGAACUAGAAAGGUUGUCACAACCCAUGACAAAGAUGACAUAUUCACAAAACAAACAUCUUACUUUUAUUGAAAGAUUUAACGUCACUUAAUUCGAGAGAAGAAUUAAUGAAAUCGAGUCUUUUUGGUUGAGUUUUGAUAAAUCAAACUAUGUAUAAAGGUAUCGUAGCCGAAUCAAAUUUAUUGCUACUUUAAUAUUGUCCCUUUGCUUUUAUAAUAAGUUCACUUGACAUCUUUAUUUGUUUCCAUCCUAUUUCAUUGUCAAAUGAAAUUAUUAAAAAUUAGAAUAAACUAAAACUAUAAGAAGUUGUUCCGAAGUUGAUGCCAUAUUUUCCAUGUAAACAAUUACCACAUUACCUUAUUUCUAAAGAAUUUUAUAUCUCUAUUUCAGGUAUAUUUACGAAGAGAUCAUUUCAGAAAUUUUAUAAUAUUUUUUGCGGCCGCACGAAGCGCGAAAAAAUUAACUAGUUACACAAUAAUUCCCUUCCCCUUGCUUGCUUGUAGUCAGUUCCAGUGGCAUGAUUUUUUACUUGGUUUGUAGAGAUGGGCAUGCUUGAUUGGAGCAUUUGGUGUCCGGCUAAAACUCAAUAAUAAUUAUUGGCUCUUAUAAAAAGGAGUAUGUAAUUUCACCCCUUUUAAGAUGGAAUAGUAGAAAAGAAUACUAUAUACUUUAACCCCCAAAAGUAAUAUUGUAAUAGUUCCAACUAUUUCGAAGCGGGAGUAAAGGGCCUCUUUGUCGUCCUGCUUGCCACUCGAAGGGCUACUUAAUAAUUAACGCCUGACAUAUUAGGAGUUACUAUUACUGUUUUGUAACAUUAGUGCAUCUACUUUAUUUUACUACAUAUGUUGUUAUUUUAUUUCCACCAUUUAAGGCGUUUGUUAUUUUAUUUUUUUUGCUUUCUGGUCUGUUAACUAGGCCUUUGUAACUUGUUUGUGUAUAUAAUCAGCUAAUCAUUAUUUAAUAAAAUUAUUUUUUUUUGUUUCAUCUUGCUCAUUCAUUAUAUGGUAUCAGAGUGGUCUCCUUGACUCUCAUGAGUUUUUUUUUUCGAUCCUCUAACUACCACCACAAGCUCACACUUAAAAUGGCCCCUAAUGUAACAAAUGUUGACUCUACUAGCAACAACUCUAAUGUUAUUGUUCAGUUUAAUCUUGUAUCGCAUGUGCCGAUAAAGCUUGUCGGCAGCCACAACUUUUCAUUUGGAGAAUUUUUUUGAAAGCAAGCUGGAAAAUUAAAAGAAAAGAAAAAGGUGGAUAAAGAAAAGGGAAAAAAAAAAGGAAAAAUGCUGAAACAGGGACAUAUAAUAAUUAAUGAGAAAAACAGGGACCAACAUGAAAUUUCAAUUAAAAUAGUGACCGACCUGCAAUUUCGACAAAUACAGCGUCUCUUUGACUUGAUGAUACAGCGCUGCUCUCAGAACUCAGAUGGCAAAAGGGUUGCAGCUAUUCGUCAGCAGAUUAUCGUUUUACACUACGAAUGAAAGAUUGAAGAAGCUCUUUUCACCUUUUGGCGUUGUUACAGAAGCGAGGCUUGUUAAAGACCCAAGAACUCAAAGGCCUAAAGGUUUUGGAUUUGUUACCUUUGAGUCAGAAGAAGAUGCUCGGAAUGCAUUGAAUUCCAUUAACGGAAGGGUAAUUCCUCAGCUUUGUUGGUAGAUGUGUAUACUUACUUCUUUGUGUUUGUUGAUGAUGUGUUUUGUGUAUAUUUUAUGGAACAUGCUUCAUGAUGAUGCCCAUCAUCAGUUGCGGAUGUAGUCUUCAGUAAUGAGUGCAAGCACGCCCGCUACUUCCGAUUCAAAUUUUUAGGUUUUUUUUAAAUAUUGUUUUUUAUUAAAUCUGUCCAUUGUUAGAUAGGAAAUACAGUUGUUAUAGUGGUAUCCCACUUUAAAAACAAUGUGUUCCUCUAUUAUUGACAAUUCUUAAUCUGUCUUUGGCUUAGAAAACUAUUUAUCUAUCAUAGAUUAAAGAGGGCAGAUGUCUAUUUUCAGCACUUCACAACAAAACUAUAAGCGACAGAUUUUUCCAAGCAUCUUAAACAAUUUAGCGUGCUGUUUGACUUUGUGAACUUUGCUAUCAUCGACCAGCACGAAUUGUUGCAUUUGUUGGUCUAAAGGACUUGGUCCUGCAAAUGCUUUCAGUUG